AGCUCUUCACGAAGUCUUCUGCCAUUCAAAAUAUUUAUUCUGCGACCAAACAUUGAAGGACUAUCGCAAUGGCAGAAGUUACCAACACCCCGAACGGCACUGCCGUCCCUGUACACACUUCGACCGACCUCAAGACUACACCCUCAAUCACCAUGACUGCGCCCACAGACUCAGAACCCGUCGUUAACGGCGAGCCCGCACCUACGACAAAUGGCACAACAGAGACAAAAUCGGAGCCUGCAGUAGAACAGAUUUCUGCAAGUGAAGAAGGAAUGUUCGGCCCUGAGCUCGUCUCCCCCACAAUCGCAGCAUCUCUGCCAACCACCUACACGAUUCGUGCUCUACGGAAAUCCGAUUACUCAAUUGGCUUCCUUGACGUCCUGCGAGUCCUGACCACGGUUGGCGACAUUACUGAAGAGGAAUGGAAUGGACGAUAUGACUGGAUGACCACACAAGGCAAGGGAGGUUAUUACCUGCUUGUUGUGGAGGACCAAGGACGAAUUGUAGCAACGGGAGCGCUGCUAGUGGAGAGGAAGUUCAUCCAUCACCUCGGGCUCGUUGGCCAUAUCGAAGAUAUCGCUGUCGCAAAAGAUCAACAAGGCAAGAAGCUUGGAUUGAAGCUUAUUCAAGCUCUCGAUUUCAUUGCCGAGAAGGUCGGCUGCUACAAAUGUAUCUUGGACUGCAGUGAAGCCAACGAGGGAUUCUAUGUCAAGUGUGGAUACAAGAGAGCGGGAUUGGAAAUGGCACACUAUUAUGAUGGAAGCACGAGGAGUCACUUGUAGGAUGAAUUUUUGCAGAAAGGAUAGAUUUGGCUCUUAUUGGGGUACAAUGUAUGGCGUUCAAAACGACCGAAUAUAACUGAAAGUUACAGGAAAAUUCGUCUGGGCUGUAUCAUCUAUCUAUCUUCCUCAUACCCA